GGUAGGCCAAACCGUAGAAAUAAAGCUGCGUUUUCAAAUUCCUCCGGCGUAGUGUGGACGAGGCCUAAGAAACUGUCAGUGCGAUUGUUUCUCGUCGUUUCUCUGAAUAGCAUUUAAAAUGAUCGACAUUUCGAAGCAGUAGUUCUAGUUAUACUAGACAGCCGGUCCUAGCAUCUACCACAACUACACAAUCAGUUAUAUAUUUAUGUCAUAAUAAAUAAUAAUAAUUAAAAAUAUCUUUAGCCGGGAGGAGCCGGGAGGCAACCCGGCUCAGCCUCUGGUGGUUUUCAUUUGAACUUUCAAAUUACGUUUUAAAUUAAGGAAGAGUCCUAAGGAUUAGAAUUAUUAAUUUACAACGAUCCAGAGCGUCUGCGUGGGAGGUCAGCUUACACGUAUAUUAAUUAUUUUAUCCACUAAAUUUCGUAAUGAAUAUACUUUUUAAUGACGACGAACUUUCUUAGACUGGACUCAAGAAAUGACAACGGUAAAUUAAAUGUCGACUACAAAUUUCUACUCAGUCAGCAAUAUGCAUCAUGGUUAAAACAGACAUCAGUUUUAAAAAAUUCUUGACUUUUCGCUGAGAAAACUAAGAUGUCCCUGACCAAAUAAAAUAGGAAAUGUCAGAUAUAGGAGCGGCCUCCGGCCUCUCCUUACAGCUGUCCUUUCCGCUUAUUUAUAAACCUGAUCUGUUCCAUAAAUUGGCCUUCUUCAUAAACGUAAAACAUCGUUAAGGUCACUGCGACCUGAAAUGUUUCUUCCAGCCUUCAAUGGUUUUAAAUCAGCCGAGUUAUAAUCUCAAUCAGCCCUGACUUUUCGUGAAAAUGUCAAUUUCCCAUGUCUCAAAACAAACCUCCCUGACUUUUCCCUGACCUCGAAGAAUUUUUUUCCCUGACCAUUUCUUGACCUGUAGCAACUCUGCAUAUUUUUAUUGCAUGACUACACGAUUUAAGAAUUCGAGGACUCGAAGUUUGGACAUAAAACAAAUUUGAGGAAGAAAUUUAGACAAAGAAAAGCCUGUUAAAAAUUAAUCACCUCUAUGAUGAUAUAAAGUUCGCUGGAAAAAAAAGCGGUUUUCUUAGAACGUUUUUGGAAUGUAAAGAAGCCGGCAAUAUUCAUUCAUCAGAAGGAAGCCAUUCAUAUGCAAGGCACGCGAAUUUUGUUACCGGAAACGUUGUUAUUAGAUCUCUCCUGACUGAAUUCUUUGUUAUUAAGCACCUUAUCUACUUGUACGUCAUAUUUAGCAAAAAUAGCACGUGCAAAGAACCAAUGACUUUCGAGAAUGUUGUUAUUGAAAUGGUUUAAAACAUGUGCGUUAUUCUCUACGCAAGACAGAACUAAACGUAAUUGGUAUAGCAGGUAUAGGAGUCGACUGUGUAUCGUCAAUGAUUAUAAGCCUUGACACGGAAAAAGAGAAAAUACAAAAUCUGCUGUGACAUGCCAAUUCUUCAUCAGUCACGUUUAGCCAUUGAAGAAUUUUGUUUUACGUUGCAGUAAGCAGACGUCCUCAUCAGCGUAACAUCAAAGUGAAAACGUUUUCAUCUUUAUGGAAAAGCCGAAAAUGAACAGCACAUCAACAGAGAGCAAUGCAACUGGUGCAGUCGUUCUUUCCAAGGUAGAGGGGAUCGCAUUGUGCAGCGCUUAUAUUUUGGCAUCGGUCUUUAUUGUCGUAGGAAACUUGUUCAUCGUUGUCCUGUUCGUAGUUAACAAGAAACUACGCAAGAAAAGUUUAUUUCUAGUCAUAAGUAUGGCGUUUGCUGAUCUCAUGCUGGGAAUACUGUCUGUACCUAUCUACGUUUUGUUCAUCGGAUAUUCCUAUGACCUUUGGAGAGUCGAAGAAGCGCUGUCGAAUAAGUCCUUCUUCAUGGCUCACACCGUCACUGAUACCGUUUUUGCACAAGCCUCUCUAAUUUCUGCGGCCGCGAUAUCUGGAGAAAGAUUUUACGCUAUUUAUUGGCCCUUGAAGAGUCAAAUAGUGACAACGCGCGCAUAUCGCAUCGUUCUUGUUGCGGUAUGGACACUAGCUAUCGUUAUAUCGUCAGUAGUCAUAGCACUGAGUCAUUUCACUUCAUACAAACAUGCUGUGUUCGCCUGGACGCCUUACGCUCUGAUUCUAACGUUCAUCAUUUGCGCUUUCAACUUCAGCAUUUGGACAAAGUUUCAACAUGGAAGGGUCGCUUCACAACAGCCAAACAGAGCCUUGCACAACAAACGUUUAACAAAAACCUUGCUGAUCGCAUCUGGACUGGCUCUGCUAUCAUGGCUACCUUUAAUUAUUACAAGCAUUUUGGACGUUCAUGGCUUCUCGAUAUCUUUGAGAAAUAAUCUGGUUGUGAACCUGGUAAAUUUUUCGAACUCUUUCAUAAAUCCAAUUGUGUAUGUAUUACGAAUUCCCGAAUUUCGAAAUGCGUUGGGUAUGUGUUCUUUAAGAACGCAAACAACAGGGAAGACACCAGCUACUGACGUAAGAAAUGCUUUGACGCCGAGGAGGAGACAAUUAAGAACAUUACGAACCCACCCCAGUCAUCCAAAAGUGGCGUUUGAACAGGAAACUGCAGAUAGCCAACUGUACUUAACUAAGGUGUGAUAAGCUACUGACGCUGAUCACGUACUGAGCUCUAUCUUUAUACAAUGCAAUCAUUACUUAACUAAGGUUUUUUUGUAAUCUAGCUUGUAUUUCCUUUCGAAACAAAGUUUUUUCCUCCUGUGAUAGGGCUUUACUUAAAUCUGAAUCCGAUUCUAAUCGCAUUAGCGCGCUAUUCUAUUUUUCAUUCAAGUUAAGUUUUCACUUGAGGUUAAAAUGGCAGACAAAUUAUUUUAUUUGAGGAUGAAUAAUCAGUCACAUGGAUUUGUAAUCACUUGAGGAUAUAAGGACAAUUUCAUGUCAAAUCUUGUUCCAAAGUCUCAAAGGAAACCUAUGGACUUAUCGACUGAAGUCAACAGUACAACUAUAGUACACUAUAACAUGAAUGGAAGUUUUAAUUCCAUCAAAACAAAGCGCCAAAGGAAACCGAACCGCGGUAAAUAGGUAUAUUUCAUGUAAAUAUCCCUAAGUAGAUUUUAUGUUUAAAAAACUGACUUUUAAAUAGGUAUGACCUAAUGAUCUAAAUUAAAUCAUGGUUGCCACAGACAUCACUUUUCAAAAUUCCCCAACUAUUCCCUGACUUUUCCCUGAUAAAAAUAAUUUUUUCUGACCCAAUAUAUACGAAAUGUCAGAUAUAGUAGUGACCUCCAUCCUCCCCGUUACAGCCGUCCUUUCUUCCAAUUAGGUUUAGACUAAUUAGUUUUUAAUAGCUUUUGCCUUUAAGGGAAAACACCGUUGAGAUCACAAGUGACCCGAAAUGUUUCUUCCAGCCUUGAUGGGUAUUAAAUCAGCCGUGUUAUCAUUUUCAUCAAGUUUUACCCGACUUCUUUUUCAAAAUGUCAAUUUUCCCUGAAUCAAAAUGAAACUCUCUGACCUUGGAGAAUAUUUUCUCCCCUGACAAUUAAAUGACCUGUAGCAGCCCUGAAAAUUGAGCCUAAAAACUGGGGACGGUUUCUCAAAGCUGAAUAAUUGUUUGAAAUUACAGAACAAACAAGAAAUCGAGGAACACCUGUUUGUAGCCUGCUCCAAAGAUUACUGUGUAGAUUGCAUAUAGCACGCAAUUACAGUCACCUCACAUUAUGUAGAUUUAACAAUGUUUUUACCCAAGGCGCGUCACUGAGCAGAAAAAAAUCAACAGAUGACAAUCUCUCAAACCUGAUCGCUUAGAUAAAGCACGUUCAAACAGGCAUUAAUUAGCAGCUGGGUUAGUCAGGGAUGCAUGGCUUGCCUUGUGAAAGAGCAAACCCGCAGGGGCUGGUGUUGUUUCAUAAGCCAAUAUAGAAUUCAUUUUCCACAUCCUCUCGGUUUAAAGUGCGCACGUUUUCGAUCUAGAGCUAGUGAUCGGUCAAAAAGACAACACUACACUUAAGGCUACCGUGUACCUUCAGGGGUGUCUCCAGUCCAACGGAUGUAGCGCUUCGCGAUCACAUCGCAGAUACCCUAACUCCUGCACCAGAUUAAAGCUUAUAGAUCUCGUUAUUCAGAAUAUUUAUUAGGUUUUCCCGAAAAUGACUCAUCGAAGUUUUCCCCGAGGUCUAAACUCGAAGCCAUACAUCAUUUUUUUUAAAAGUUCCACCUUAACACGAUUUUUAUAUUUUGGAAAUUUUAGUUUUUUUUUCUCGCGAUCAGGCACCCAAACGCUUAAAAAAACGUGUUGGAGUUUUCCUUUGUUUGAUUGCAUUCAAAAGCUACAGAACAUUUUCAUAACUCGCAACAACAUAAUUUUCAGAAUUGUCAAAUUCCCCAACUCGUUUUAGUUGGUCUAUUUUUCAAUUGACCAAAUUUGACUGAAAUCGGAGAAAAGACCUUUGAGUUUUAACUCUUCUAAGUGUCCCCAUCCAGCAAAAACAGAGUUUUAAAAAAACCAGCAAAAAAGAUUUAAAUGAAAUAACACUGAGAAAACGAACACAGCCCUCAAACUCAUUCAAGGACAGUUUACUGCAUAUUUGCUCUUUUGAAUUUUCUUUCCUUGUCUGAAAGCUUGUAACUCAAGGUAUAUUCAUGGAGACAAACCAAAAUUGAAAAUUUUUCAUUCUGAAGGUACACGGUAACCUUAAACAGUACAACAGCAAAUAUAAUAACGCCACGCCAUUGGCCUUGACACUCGUGUUGGACUCUUUAUACCAUCCGUCGCCUUAACCCUAACUUUCUUCUUAUCACUGAGGCGGUUGUGACGUUUCAAAGCGGAAGAGUCGUUUCGCAGCAGCAAAACAGAGCCUCACAACAAACCCCUUGCUAUUUGUAUUUGUCCUCAGUCUGCUGUAGGCUCUGUUUUAUUAUUGUAAACAUUUGACGGGAUCGAGCGCAAAUAUCUGAAGUUGUGUGUGCUUCAGUCAGGCUAUAAUACUAAUUAUGUUUAUCGAAGUCAAUGUACACAAUGCUGGGAUAAUACUAAGAGAGCGCACAUGUUCCAAGUUCACUUGGCGCCAGUUCAAUCACGCCCUUCUCCACCACCCCCCUCCCCGCCCAAAAAAACAAUUCCACACUCGUCGACCUGCAUGGCUUACUAAAGCCUACCGAGGGGCUGUUUGUAGCGCACUAUACACUAUGAACAACAUUUAC